AGUUGGGUCGUUAUGAGUUGUACCAAAGUCGUUAUCCAAAGUUACCAGGUUGCGUAGUACGCGUCUGUGAGAUAGCGACUGAUAGUUCAAGUAGCGCAGCCCAGCCACCUUUGCUACAACAUCUAUACGUCAACGGCAAUUCAUACGUCAACGUCUCUACCUAGUUUUGCCAUAUUGCUAGCUUCAUUUCUUGGAACUCAGGAGUUCCCCCAGCUUCGUGUACCUUGCUGUCUGGCCCUCGUGCAAGCUUUCCGGCAGAACGUUAUUAAAGGGCUGAGUUGCCCGAACCAGAGAGACCAUGAUACACUUUGUAAUCCUCAUGAGCCGUCAAGGCAAAGUACGUCUUGCAAAGUGGUACUCAACUUAUAACAUGAAGGAACGCGCACGGGUGGUAAAGGAGAUCACUCCAAUGAUUCUGGCCCGGCCCCUGAAGCUAUGCAAUUUCUUGGACUGGAAGAACAUCAAGCUGGUAUACAAGCGGUACGCCAGCCUCUACUUCGUUUGCGGGGUUGAUGCUGCCGACAACGAGCUCAUCACUCUGGAGAUAAUUCACGAGUUCGUGGAAGUCUUGGACCGGUACUUCCAGAACGUGUGUGAGCUGGACCUCAUCUUCAAUUUCCACAAGGCGUAUUAUAUCUUGGACGAGCUGCUUGUCGCGGGCGAGCUUCAGGAGCCGAGCAAGAAGGCCAUUCACAAGCAUAUCCACGAUCAGGACCAGCUGGUAGAGAGCGCCAAAAACGGAACGGGGGAAGAUGGCCAGCCAAAGUAGAGGAGCGAGAGGCAUAUCAGGACACGGACGGAAAUCACCUAACGAGUGGGCGGACCGACGGAGGCAGCGGAAAGACGAUGCUUUAGCGUCCUGGGUUGCGCCCCGCGUGCUACAUUUGCUGGGCUUUAGCCGAGCUAAGGUGAAGUGCGGGGUAGCAGCACCAUGUGAUGAAAGAGAGGUGCAGUGUUCAUCGCAUGGUGGGGAAGAUUGUGAUGUGUCUAGGGUAAUGGAUGGCUGUGUUCGGCGCUGCGUUUUUGGACUCUUGGUAAUGGACUCUUGGUUAAGGCGAUAGGGUCCACAUUUCCUGCUCUGAUCCCAAGUGUACAUAGAGGAGGGGGCAAAAGUCGGUCGCGAAGCCGUUGGGGAGUUUGCACCGUGCUUGCCUGGUCCUCCUGUAUAGCUGCUCCUGCCGUAUGCCGGGGUUUAUAUGGUUCACUGUAGGGUCAAAGUGAGGUCGUGUGGCAUCAGGUGGAGAGACCAGGCUUUUCUUACCAAUGAAUACUACUUAAAAAAUGCGCGGCAGGGAUGCUGCGUGCUUUGUGAUCAUCGUGCUUGAUUACGUCCUGUAUCGACAAAUCCAUAAAAUUGUCGAAAUUGUACAUGACCCAUUUAUUAUGAUUGCAC